ACAGAUGAAACACAAGUCAGGUGCGAGAAGCAGCUCGAGAGACAUCAGCUGCUCUGGGGCUCAAGCAUUGCCCCUGUUUUCCAACAACAAGUCCCAUUUCCCCCCCAUUCUAUGCAGAUGUGUGACCGCAACGUCGGCGGCCGGCGGCUGCGGCAGUGGCUGAUAGAGCAGAUCGACAGCAGCAUGUACCCAGGGCUGAUCUGGGAGAACGACGAGAAGAGCAUGUUCCGGAUCCCCUGGAAACACGCUGGCAAACAGGAUUACAACCAGGAAGUGGACGCCUCCAUCUUCAAGGCCUGGGCCGUUUUUAAGGGGAAGUUCAAGGAAGGGGACAAGGCCGAGCCAGCCACAUGGAAGACGAGGUUACGAUGUGCUUUGAACAAGAGCCCGGAUUUUGAGGAAGUGACAGACCGGUCCCAGCUGGACAUUUCUGAACCGUAUAAAGUUUACCGAAUCGUCCCCGAGGAGGAGCAAAAAUGCAAAUUAGGCGUGGUGGCUCCCGGCUGCAUUAGUGAAGCCACAGAGAUGGAGUGCGGUCGCUCUGAGAUCGACGAGCUGAUCAAGGAGCCUCCCGUGGACGAUUACAUGGGGAUGGUCAAAAGGAGCCCCUCCCCGCCCGAGGCCUGCAGGAGUCAGCUCCUCCCCGACUGGUGGAUGCAGCAGCCCAGCGCAGCAGGCCUGGCGCUGGGGCCCGGGUACGGCACCUACGACGCGCACCACGCAGCCUUCUCCCAGAUGGUCAUCAGCUUCUACUACGGGGGCAAGCUGGUGGGCCAGGCCACCACCACGUGCCCCGACGGCUGCCGCCUGUCCCUGGGCCCGCCCGGCCUGCCCGGCGCCAAGCUGUGUGGGCCCGAGGGCCUGGAGCUGGUGCGUUUCCCGCCGGCCGACGCCAUCCCCAGCGAGCGGCAGCGGCAGGUGACGCGGAAGCUGUUCGGGCACCUGGAGCGCGGCGUCCUCCUGCACAGCAGCCGGCAGGGCGUGCUGGUCAAGCGGCUGUGCCAGGGCCGCGUGUUCUACAGCGGCAACGCCGCGGCGGGCAGGGGCGGCCCCAACAAGCUGGAGCGCGACGAGGUGGUCAAGGUCUUCGACACCAGCCAGUUCCUCCGAGAGCUGCAGCAGUUCUACAACAGCCAGAGCCGGCUUCCCGACAGCAGGGUGGUGCUGUGCUUCGGAGAGGAGUUUCCAGAUAUGACCCCCUUGCGCUCCAAGCUCAUUCUCGUGCAGAUCGAGCAGCUCUACGUCCGACAGCUGGUGGAAGAGGCCGGGAAGAGCUGCAGUGCCGGCUCCGUGAUGCAGGCUCCCGAGGAGCCCCCGCCAGACCAGGUCUUCCGCAUGUUUCCAGAUGUUUGCGCCUCACACCAGAGACCUUUUUUCAGAGAAAACCAACAGAUCACAGUUUAAGUCUCUCUUGGGCACCCCGCCCCGCCCACAUCUAGAAUUCCAUUAUUACAAUUACUGUCGUAAUUAUUUAAGGAUGUGGAUCCUUCUGACCCGGGGUGGAAGGCGUUUGCCCUGCUCUUCAUUUAGUAAGGGCCGCCUCCGAGGACCUGACAGGGAAACUGAGCUGUGCGCCACUUCCACCGUUCAGAUGUAAGCUUCGAAACUCGCACCACAUGCGCUGGAGGCUGUAACUAUAAGUUGUGAUUGAAACGUUUAUUUCCUGCAUUUUCC